AUGGAAAGCAAACUAUAAAAUUUUGAGAUCCUGAACAAGCUAGGUAUGAUUGAAGUAGUUAAAAUUGUUUUAGGUUCCGGAGCCUAUUCUUCUGUUUACAAAGUGUAAAGAAAGUCUGAUGGAAAUAUUUAUGCUUUAAAGAAAGUAAAUAGAUGUCAUGAAAUAAAAUAAAGGUUAAAUUAGUGGAUAUUGGGGAUAGAGAGAAACAGAAUGCUUUGAAUGAGGUUCGUUUUAUAGCAUCAAUUCAUCAUGAGAAUGUGGUUUCUUACAAGGAAUGUUUUAUAGAAGAUAACAAUUUAUGGUAUGAUAAAUCGUUGUAAACUAAGUAUUAUAAUGGAGUACGCAGAAGGAGGAGAUUUAUUGUAAAAGAUUUAGAGGUUUGUAAAAAAAUAGUAAAUGAUUCCGGAAUAAGAAAUAUGGCAAGUUGCAAUAUAAGUUUUAUAAGGAUUAAGAGCAUUACAUCAUAAAAAAAUAUUACAUCGUGAUUUGAAAUGUGCAAAUAUAUUUUUAUAUGAAAAUGAUUAAGUGAAGCUUGGUGACUUUAAUGUUUCUAAAUUGGCUAAAAAUGGUUUAGUUUACACUUAAACUGGUACACCAUAUUAUGCUAGUCCAGAAGUUUGGUAAGAUAAACCAUAUGAUCAUAAAGCUGAUAUUUGGUCAUUAGGUUGUGUCAUUUAUGAAGCCUGCUCUCUUAAACCGUAUAUAUGAUUAAACUAUUAGUGUUAGACCAUUUAGAGCUAAAGAUAUGGAUGGACUUUAUAAAUCUGUUCUAAGAGGAUAAUAUUAACCUAUCCCAGUAAUUUAUUCAUAAGAGUUAGUUCAAUUGAUUAAAACUAUGAUGUAAGUACAUCCUCAAAAUCGACCAGAUUGUGGUAAAGAUUUAUAAAUCAUAUUUUAGAUAAGUUACUUUAAUAUUAAUAUGUACAAAAGAAGGCAAAAUAAUUUGAUAUUCCUUUAAAUUCUGAAGAUAUCGAAGAUGAUUUAUUAAAGACUAUUAAAUGGCCAAUCACUAGAAAAGGAUUGUAAACUAAUAAAUCAGAACUUAUCAAUUUAAAUUUCUAAUUGCCUGGUAGUAAUUACUUAAAUUAACAUAAUUCUAAUCAUAUUAGAAGAAAUCAAUAAUCUAAUAGAAUUAAAUCUUAAGAUACUAAUGAUUCCAUAUCUCUUAAUUAACCUAAUGAGGCUUUACAUUAAUUAAUGAAAUAAAUUACUUAACUUGAAUAAAAAGAUAUUGAAAGGAGUCCUAAUGUUAAAUAGAAUCUAAACAAAUCUACUUCUAAAUAGACUAUUUAAGAUAAUAUCUUACCUCCAGACAGAAGAUUAAGAGUUUCUAAUUCAACUCAUGAAAAACAUGAAAAAUAUGAAUCAAUAUAACCGUAAUUAUUCAAUCAAUAUUAUAAGUAAAUGUAUCUCAAAGGAUAGAAUAGAACAUUAAAUUUAAAUAAAUUCUAAUUACUAUGCUAAAGAUGUUAUCCAAUCACUUAAUAAGUAACAUUAUUCAUAAAAGUUACCUAUAAUUUCUGGAACUUAAAGAUAAGAAGAAGAAUAGUUUAUUUUAAGAAAGAACUCUUCAAAUGAACGAAAUCAUAGUAAUCAUAUUAAAAGAUCUAAAAAUGAUUUAUUAAAGAAAGAUCUCUCUAUGUAGCCUAGUGCAGAAAGACCUACUGUUUUGAUGAAAAUAAUUGAAGAACAUUAAUAACUACCUAAAAUAAAAAAAAAGUAGUGA